CAUCCAUUCAUUGCCUAUAAAUUCCCCCAAUUCCCUCAACCCAAAAAACGCAAUCGAUUCACAACCAAAACUUUGUAAACACUCAAAAUCUCUCUCUCACCUUUCUUCUCCUUUUUCGUCGAUCACCUCCUGUUUUUGUUCUUAAAUUAAAAUGGCUCCAAGUUUGAGCAGAGGUAACUCCAAUGCCACUGUCGUCGUCAAUGGAUUCCAAGAUUCCUUAAUAACCCUCGACGAAUCCACUUUCUACGUCAACGAUCACGUCAUCCUCUCCGAAGUUCCGCCCAACAUCGUCGCCUCCCCGUCGCCGUACGACGUCGGAGGAAAGAAGGCGGCGCCGCUGCGUGCCGCCGUCAAUCCCGGCUGCUUCGUCGGUUUCGACGCCGAAGAGGCCAGCAGCUACCACGUCGUCCCCAUCGGGAAGCUCAAGAACAUCAGGUUCAUGUCCAUUUUCCGAUUCAAGGUCUGGUGGACCACCCACUGGGUCGGGUCAAACGGGUCGGAUCUCGAGCGGGAGACCCAGAUACUCAUCCUCGACAGAUCAUCCAACAAGCCUGGAGAGAGCAACAAUCGCCCCUACGUUUUGCUACUUCCACUCAUCGAGGGCCCCUUCCGGGCCUCCCUGCAGCCCGGCGUGGAUGACUACAUCGACCUGUGCGUCGAAAGCGGGUCGACCCGAGUAACCGGGUCCAAUUUCCGGGCGGCCCUUUACAUGCAUGCCGGAUCCGACCCGUUUACCCUUGUCAAAGACGCCAUUAAAGUCGCUCGAGCGCACAUGGGGACGUUCAAGCUGCUGGAGGAGAAAACUCCCCCGGGCAUCGUGGACAAGUUCGGGUGGUGCACGUGGGACGCGUUUUACCUGACCGUCCAGCCCGACGGCGUCUGGGAAGGCGUCAAAGCCCUGACCGACGGCGGGUGCCCGCCCGGGAUGGUUUUAAUCGACGACGGCUGGCAGUCGAUCAGCCACGACGACGAUCCGAUCACCGACGAAGGGAUGAACCGGACCGCCGCCGGAGAACAGAUGCCCUGCAGGCUGAUCAAGUUCCAGGAGAAUUACAAGUUCAGAGACUAUCAGAGCCCGAACCAGUCCGGCCCGGGCCCGAAGGAAGGCAUGGGAGCGUUCAUCCAUGACCUCAAGGACAAUUUCCAAACGGUGGACUACGUGUACGUCUGGCACGCCUUGUGUGGAUACUGGGGCGGGCUCAGGCCCGACGUUUUGGGCCUGCCGGAGGCCAAGGUCAUUGCGCCGAAGCUGACGUCGGGAUUGGAAACGACGAUGGAAGAUCUGGCGGUUGACAAGAUCGUUAAUAACGGCGUUGGGUUGGUCCCGCCGGAGAUGGCGGAUCAGCUGUACGAAGGGCUUCACUCUCAUCUGGAGUCCGUCGGGAUAGACGGCGUCAAAGUAGACGUCAUCCACUUGCUGGAAAUGCUGUGCGAGGACUACGGCGGGAGGGUGGAGCUGGCGAAGGCCUAUUACAAGGCGCUGACGGCUUCCGUUAAGAAACACUUCCAUGGUAACGGCGUUAUUGCGAGCAUGGAGCACUGCAACGACUUCAUGUUCCUCGGCACGGAGGCGAUCUCCCUCGGCCGCGUCGGCGACGACUUCUGGUGCACCGAUCCGUCCGGCGACCCCAACGGCACCUUCUGGCUGCAGGGCUGCCACAUGGUGCACUGCGCCUACAACAGCUUGUGGAUGGGGAAUUUCAUCCACCCCGAUUGGGAUAUGUUCCAGUCGACUCAUCCUUGCGCAGAAUUCCACGCCGCCUCGCGAGCGAUCUCCGGCGGUCCGAUCUACGUCAGUGACUCCGUCGGGAAGCACGAUUUCCGGCUGCUGAAGAGCCUCGUCUUGCCCGACGGCUCCAUUCUCCGCUGCGAGUAUUACGCUUUGCCGGCUAGGGAUUGCUUGUUUGAAGAUCCUCUGCACGAUGGGAAGACGAUGCUGAAGAUCUGGAAUUUGAAUAAGUUUACCGGCGUAGUCGGAGCGUUCAACUGCCAAGGCGGCGGGUGGUGCCGGGAGACGCGGCGGAACAAGUGCGCGUCGGAAUAUUCACGCGCCGUCGCCGCGGCGGUCGGUCCGAGCGACGUGGAGUGGGAGCAAGGGAGGAAGGAGAUCAUUCUAGAAGGAGUUGAGAAAUUCGCCAUGUACCUGUUCCGGCAGAAGAAAUUGGUCCUCUGUGAGCCCUCCGGCGCCAUAGACGUGUCGCUGGAGCCGUUCGAUUUCGAGCUGAUCACAGUGUCCCCUGUGGCGGUUGUGAAGAAGAAUUCCGUCCAGUUCGCGGCGAUUGGGCUGGUGAACAUGCUCAACACGGGCGGCGCGAUCCAAUCAAUGGCGAUUCAGGGAAGCACUGUUCGAAUUGCAGUGAAGGGAACCGGAGAGAUGAGGGCGUACGCCUCGGAGAAACCGGCGGCGUGUACGGUCAACGGCGAGAAAGCCGCGUUCGGAUAUGAAGACUUCAUGGUUACGACUCAAGUGACGUGGCCGAAUUCUACUGGCGUUUCAGUUAUUGAGUAUUUGUUUUGAAAAAAAAAAAACAAACUGUUUGUAUAAUAGAGUGCGGUGUGUAUCCAUAUUCCGGGUAGAAUUUUUUUUUUAAUGUUCCCCGGAAUGUAUGUAUGUGUGUGUAUAUUGACGCCUACGGGUACCUGCGUAUCCCUUCAUAAAUGUAUUUGAUCUCUUUUUA